CACACAUACACACCCCACAACCUUGCAGGCAAGAAGAGCACCGAUCCGCUUGGAAGCAGUCCGGGCGAUUCCCGGAGAAAGCUGGCCAGGUGCUCGCGCGUUCCCAAGAGCCAGUGCAUGAGAAACGCGCGCCCUCCGAUGGACAGCCGACGGCGACAGGCUGGAGCAGCAGCCCGCGGCACGGAGGGAGGCUGCAAAAGGAGGGAACGGAGAAGUUUUCCCGUUGCAGCUUGCACCGCUUGGGAACAAGUUCUGCAGCCUCCUGAACUACACACCCGGACCCACCCGGGCCUAGAAAGACGCUUCCCCCAGUUCCGCUUGGUCUUUCAGAGAAACGGGAAGGCGAGGCCCGGAUCCAGUGGCGCCCUUCCAAAAGACCGGAGGGGGGCACAGCCAGGGCAGGAUAGGAGCAGCCUGCAUCCCACCCUCGGGUUGCGUAGGCUGAAGGAAGCCGCCUGAGCCUGAUAAGCGUUUUGCAAUCUGCCUGCUGAGAAAAACGGCGCGGGCGGAGGAUCUGUCCCCAGAUACGUCUGCACGCCUAGAUUUCGGCUUCCAGGGAGAAAGGGGGCGGAGAGGGCUAGGCGGCGUAGCGGGUGCUUUUACCAGCGCGAUCUUGUCCGCCUUUACUUGGAAGAGGGUCCUCCUCGGAUUAAGCGAGGUUUACAGGUAAGCGAGUGGGCCAAGGGCUUUUUAAGAUACCCCCCAACCCAAUAAUUAUUGCUUUAAUCCUUAACGAGUGUAAUGAAAUACCGGUAUAUCUUACAUCCUUUUCUUUUUGACAUAUAAUAAUGCGGUGAUAGUUCGCCACAAGGGGCUUGUACUGUACAGGGAGUUGUUUUGAGCAAAAACAGCCUGUGCAUUAGAGGCGACGCUCAGAGCAAACUUGUGUUGAGCUGCCACUAGAUCUAGGACCAGGGACACAGGGCGAUUUGAAGUUUCCUUAGUCAAGAUUUGUCUACUCCUUUUCCGCUGUAGAGUUUGAAUGAUUCCACUGGAAGUUGCCUUUGUGCAAAAAGAACAACUCCUUGAACUGUCAUGUGAUAGGACCAUCAAAGAUUUAAAAAAAAUUGGAAAUGAGGUUUUUCAAAUUUUGGCUUUAUGCUACCAAAAUUUCUCAGUUGCUGCAUUACCACUGAGUAACCUGUGCUUGCCAAUGAAGAAAUUUCUGUGCUGCUGCCAUUUGGUAGUACUGUAUAUAUUUUUGCAAGACAGGUUUUUCAGCACUGACUCGUAUGAAAAUGAAAUGAUCUGAGACAACCAUCAAACUCUGUGUUGAUGUACCUGUUGGCAAAAUGCAAACUCCACCGUCCCACUGGUUCUUGCAUAAAUGAACUUCAUUGUGAAUGAAACUAUUAAAAUAGUUUAUUACAUCUAACACUGAUUAGUGUAACCAUAUGUUUUUAGAAAUACAAUCAGAUGGUUGGUGUUCUUACAGUCCCAUGAACAAAAUUGUGUAAAUUUGUUAACUACUAUAAAUAUCUCAACAAAUUCCACAUGAAUUUAAGUGAAUUUUUGCAUGGAUGUCUCAAGUAACAAUUAUAAUAUAGGCAAAUUUGCAGUUAAAAUGCAUAAAACCGAUGGCUGCUGAAGACCUUUGGUCAUGUGACAAUAAACCAAUAGGUCACUAUACCAAAAAAAGAUUGGGAACCACUGGCAUAUAAGAUUGGGCAGAGUAGGGUUACUGCUCUCCAGAGAACUUUUUUUACUGCUUUUUCUGGGGUAAAUGUACCAUUUUUAGAAAUGUCUUGGUUUCAGAGAAUGUAAUCCGUAAAAUAUGAGCACAGAGCAAGUCACAUUGUGUAACUGGAAUGACUUCAAUGCUGAUGACAUCUAAAAUCAAGAUGGUGUGUGGGCACACUCAUCUGAGAAGUUUUUUAAUUAAUGAGUUAAUACAUUUACAGUGGUACCUCGCAAGACGAAUGCCUCGCAAGACGAAAAACUCGCAAGACGAAAGAGUUUUCCGUUUUUUGAGUCGUUCCGCAAGACAAAUUUCCCUAUGGGCUUGCUUCGCAAGACGAAACGUCUUGCGAGUUUGUUGCCUUUUUCUCAAAGCCGCUAAGCCGUUAAUAGCCGCUAAGCCGCUAAUAGCCGCUAAGCCGCUAAUAGCCGUGCUUCGCAAGAUGAAAAAACCGCAAGACGAAGAGACUCGCGGAACGGAUUAAUUUCGUCUUGCGAGGCACCACUGUAUUGGCACACAUCAGGGGUGCUCCAACAUGCUCCAACAUGGAGGGGUGCUCCAUGGAUGCUUUCAGAGCCACACCCAGAGCACAAGGAAUGUUCUCUCCCCUGUUGCAGAUUGGGGGGAUGUGUCCAAGGUGAGUACCUUGUACCUGGAUUCUGCCAGUCUGAGACAGAGGCAAGGGAGCACAGCAGGGAUGGGGAACGUGAUUUGCCCCACCAAACUCAAGUCUUCCCUUAGCUGUCAGUUUCCUCGUCCUUAGUUUCAGUUUUGCCCUUGCAGAAUUCAGCAGGGAGAAGGAUGGAGACAAAACAAGACUUAGUUGGCUGCACCUGCCAUUGGCUCUGCUGCCACCUACUGUUGGGUUCCCAGCAUUCCACCCUACCAGUCCCAGUGGGCACUCACCACCAUUUUGUGUUCUCAUCCACAAUGCCAUUCAAGGAAAAGGGGUCCUUCUUUUUUUUUUUUUAAUGAUAUUUAUUGAGAUUUCAAAAAAUACAAAAGUUGCACAAAAACAAAAAAUAGAAAAUACAAAAGCUUACACAAAAAAAGAUACAAAAAUAGAAAUAAAAAUAUGAGAAAAUAGAAAAUACAGAAAAAAAAUAAUAAUAAAGAAGAAAAAAAAUUAGACCUCCUCCUCCUCCCUUCCUUUGUAUUCUGGUUAUUAUCAUAGUGCUGUUUCAUGACUAAUAAGGAAAUAAAAUACUUAAAGUUGUCACCUAAUUUAAUCCUAUCUUCUGCCUUAGGUGAUCUUAAAAUUUUGUUGGAUCCACUUUACAACUUCUUAUGGGUAUAGUGUUCUUUCAUAAUUCUUUAUACAUCUUUACUAAUAGGUAAUUUCUUAACAUUUUCUAUCAUUCAUUUUUCUAUCAUUCUCAUUCAUCAACAUAAAACAUUAUUAGUUAAAAAAAGAAAAAAGCAUAUGACAAGUCCAAUCUUUAUCAACGUCCUUCCUCUGGUUCGGGAUUUGUCAGUCCUUGUUCCUCCCAAAAUCUAACCGGUGACCUUAUGUCAGACCCUCGGGUCACUUCCAUAGCCUUCCGCGACUUUUCUUCAUAUUUGGCCGUAGUCCUUGUCGUAGUAACUCCGUGUUUUUAACCUUCUCAUCCAAAUCAGACCAUUUCCAUAUUCAUCGCUGCAUUCAUACUGGUAUUUAGAGCAUGCUUCAAAGACCUCGGGUACCCGCGUUCAUUCGACUGUAGGUGUUUUAUUUAAAAAGUCAGAUGUCGACAUGCAGGUGUCCAGCCCCAUUCAAGCUCCACCAGACUUUCCUUCCCAGAUCUGGUUUUUUUUCAGUUCUAUUUGUGAGUCCGAAGGUCAAACUCCUGUUGAGACUGUUCCCAAUCCAAGCCACACUCUGAUUUAAUGCCACAAACCCUGUUCUGUCAAAACACACUCCUGGUUGGUCUGAAUAGACUCCACAUAUAUUCCCACAGUUGAUCAAGACCUUCCUCUGCCUGUCUAAGUUUUCCAGUCGACUUGGCCAUCUGGUUCUGCCAUCAUAAUUCUUCCAGAAGGGUACAGUGUGCCUCAUAGAGCAGUGUAAUCCCGUUCCUUUGAGUCUUCGUCUAGCGGUUUAAGUCUUCUUGAAACAACCCUGUGCGGCUUAGCAGUUAGCGCUGUUAUGGUUUAGCGGCUGACCAAAGGCUUAAAGGCUUGUAGUUAACUGCUAAAAAAAGGCUAUUAAAGCUAUUAAACAGAUUUAGAUAAAGGGGGAAAGCGAAAAAGUCUCUAGACUAUGGAACAUUUUAUUAAGUAUUUAUAGGAAGGUGAUCCUCUGAAACCUUCAAUUGAGCCCUUUAGUCUAGCGGGUUUCAGAACUAUGAGCAUUCGUCUUGCGGGCACCACUGUAUUUGUUUGUUAAGCAGGCAGUUGCUUCUGAAAACAUUUAUUGCGCUCUCCCAUGGUUGUUGUGGCUACUGUCAAGUCCUUGGCGUGGUUACAGUUUCAAAGCUCCCACCGGGAGAGAAGACCAUGUUUAUUUUGCUACAUUUCCAUGUUAUGAAAUACUUUAUCCAUAUAUGUUAAUUCCUUUUGAAAUGCGAAAGGGAACAAUAGAGUCUAAAAUUCCUCUUCUUUUAACUAUCUGUCACACACAGUUAUCUAGUUGGGUUGCGUCAGUCUGGCUUUUGCUCCAGGAUCAGGUUGAAAAUAACUUCCUUUUCCUGCUUCAAAUGGUCAAAAAAUAUUCCCAAUUUGAAAUGUUUAGGUCAUCUUUUAAAAACAAUUUUCAAAAAACUCUAGUGUAAAUUGCCUUUGCUAUUCUAUUUACAAAAGGCAGGGUGUCACUGUUUAGCCCCUUCAGCUCAGUACCAAAUUCAAUCCAAUUUUUCCUUUCUUUUUAUAGUCCAAUUCUGUCCUUUCACUAAUCUUAUUUACUGCUUGUUGUUAAUUCUUGGUUAUCUGGAUGUUUUUAAAGUCAGUGUCCAGGAAAAAAAGGCAGCUCUCCAGCAACAGCUCAUGACUUCCUCACAAAGAAGCAGACGAGCCUAAAAGCACAGCGCCUUCCAGCUCUGUUCGGGCCCGUUGCCGAGUUCCUUUUCAGAUUGGGCGCAUCCCCAGUGCUCCCUUGAGUCCCAGAGUCUGAGCUUCACCCGCCUGGUUUAAAGGUCCCAUCUGUGACUGGUGCCAGUUGAUUUCUGUUGGACGGUUUUCCCUCUGAUUAGAGUUCCGCCAUUGCCGACCGCCGCCUCGGGAUCGGAAGAGUCCUUCUUUAGGUGGUGUGUCCUUGGUGGUGCUCAUAUUUGUUUCCUCUCUCCUGUACCGAAAGCGAUGGCCUUUCUCCACAUCAUUGCCCUACUGCUGGUGACUGGGCUGUGCAUGGGCCAGGACUUCCCUUUCAGGGACCCCACAUUGCCUUGGGAGGAGCGGCUGGACGACCUGGUUAACAGGCUGACAUUGGAUGAGAUGAUACUGCAGGUACAAGAAACACUUUUUGACCAUUUGACAGAGGUGGCAGGGCAGAAUAGGUGUGGAGAGGCCUGGCAAAGGGCAUCAAAGCUGCAGGAAGGGAGGAGGGCUGGUUUGGAAUUGUAAGGAACAUCAGACUCCUGCUGGAUGGAUCAAGGAACCAUUGAGUCCUGCAUCUUCCUUCUCAUAAUGGCCAACAGAUGCUUCCGGGAAGUCCAUAAGCCGGUAUUUAAGGCACUAGCUCUACCUUCCUGCAGCACACAAUGGGACGCUGUGGUCUAAAUCACUGAGCCUAGGGCUUGCCAAUCAGAAGGUCGGCGGUUCGAAUCCCGCAAUGGGGUGAGCUCCCGUUGUUUGGUCCCUGCUUCUGUCAAGCUGGCAGUUUGAAAGCACAUCAAAGUGCAAGUAGAUAAAUAGGUACCGCUCCGGCGGGAAGGUAAACAGUGUUUCCGUGCGCUGCUCUGGUUCUCCAGAAGUGGCUUAGUCAUGCUGGCCACAUGACCCGGAAAAACUGUCUGCAGACAAACGUCAGCUCCCUCGACCAGUAAAGUGAGAUGAGCACGCAAUUCCAGAGUCGUCCGCGACUGGACCUUAAGGUCAGGGUUACCUUUACAUUUUACCUGCAGCACACACAAUAACUAGGAUUUAGUUGUACACUCUCUUAGAACAUGGAGGUUCUUCUUCAAUCUCAUGGCCAAUUGCAAUGAAAUAGAAAGCCUGGAUAGCUCAGCUGGCUAGAGUGUGCUGCUGAUAAUGCUAAGGUUGCAGGUUCAAUUCUUGUAUGAGACAGUUGCAUAUACCAGCAUUGCAAAGGGUUGAACUAGAUGGUCCUCAUGGUACCUUCCAACUCUACAAUCCAACGUGAUAGAAAUCUAUAAAACUAUGCAUAGUGUGGAGCAAAUGGGUAGAUAAAAAGUUUUCCUCCUUCUCUCUUAACACAGACAAAAGGAAGUACUUCUUCACACAACACAUAACUAUGAAACUCGCUCCCACAAGGUGUAGCGAUUAAUGGCCGACUUCAAUGGCUUUUAAAAAGAGUUACACAAAUUCACAGAGAAUAGGGCUAUCAGUGGCUCCUUAACCAUGUUGGAGGCAGUUCUGAAUGCUAGUUGCUGGAAACCGCAGGAGGAAAGAGUGCUGUUGCACUCAGGUCCUGCUUGUGGGUUUCCCAGAGGCUCUUCUUAUCAGCCACAUCCCCUGGCAGGCAGACCCAUUAUGUAAUUGGUGGGAUGUAGUACGGCAUGUAAUCCUUAAUCCAAUGGAAUGGGCCCUUCAGCUCCUCUGCACUCCACAUUUUUAUGGAAUAUCCUAGGAGGUGUAGAGAGAGGCCAGGAGGGCCACAUUUGGCCCCAGGUCCUGAGGUUUCCUACCCUUGCGAUGCAUCUUUACUUCAGUGCAAGUCUAAUUGGAUUCAGUUGGACUUACUUCUGGCUAAACAUGCAUGGGAGCGGGCUGAAAAUGUUGCAAGCCUCGUUAAUUAAUUUGGAAUAACAAGCACCUUAUGAUUGCCUUAGCAUAGACAGAAUAGAUUCCCUGCUUCUCUCACAAGUGUGGGUUGAAAGGAGGGAGGAAAAUCUACCACUGGUUACUUGGUGUUUAGAAGCAUUUAAUAUGCACUCAGUGGUCUAGUGGAAGCUGCCAUCCCAGUGCACAAAGGAAUCAGCCCUUUGGGAUUCCCUGAGCUUAAGCUUAGUGCCACCUCAUUGCAAAACAAAGACCGGGUACGGAAGAGUUCUGAGGGGCUGCCUCAUCUGCUGACUGGUGCUGUGGCUUGUUCACCCACAGAUGGCAAGAGGAGGGGCAAAGGGCAACAACCCAGCGCCGCCCAUUAAACGAUUGGGCAUUGGGCCCUACAGCUGGAACACGGAGUGCCUGCGUGGAGACGUUAUGGCCCCAGGAUGGGCAACUGCUUUCCCCCAGGCCCUGGGCUUGGCUGCCUCCUUCAGGUAUGGCUGCUGUUGAAAGGUGGGUCUUGACUGUGGCUUCUCCUAGGUUCCCCUUGAUUCCCUUUCAACCUAUUCUACUAGUGCCCCAUUUUGGCCCCAACAGAGUUGCUGGGACUCUGUCCCCUGGGAGGGCCCACUAGGGCUCUGCCAUGGUCCUGCCUUGUUGAGUGGCAGACAACCAUGAGCCGCCAUUUUACAUUUCCCAGUGUGCUUUGUAGGAACUUACCCCAUUAUACUGAUGAAAUUAGGCAAGCACUUUUCUGGCAUUGUUUCUAUCACCUUAUAAAAAUGUUUUUGUUUUUCCAAGCCUACUCAGAUUUCCAAAGCUAACGUGCAUUUUAACCUGUGAUUUUCUUUUGCGAUCAUUUAUAUUUUUAACUAUUGAUCUUAUUGAUAUUUGGAAUUACUUUUAGAUCAGCUUGUUUUUAACUUUUGGCUUUCAUAGAUCAUUUUAAUGUAUUUUAAAAUGUUUUCUGUAAACUGCUUACAGGUUUUGACAUCUGAGCGGUAGAGAAAUGUUAUUUUAAAAAAUAAAAUAAAAUAAAAAUCACUCUCUGAGGGAUUUUUUUUUUUAAUUUAAAAUGGCAGUUGCCUAGCAUGUGGAGGGGUCCCUUGAGUGCAGGAAGGGACCCUAAAAAAAGUAACAUACCAAGGGUUCCUUCAGCCCUGGAGCCAGUCCUGGCCUCGUUUUCCAUUUCAGCUGCCUGAAAAUUACAGUUCUAAUUGUUAGAAAUGGUUGCUGAUUUAAGAGAAGCAAUUCUGCUUGGUUGCCAGCUCUCCCCCCCCCCCCCGAAGUAAGGUUCCUGAAUGACACAAAGCCCUGUCAAAUGGCAACCUGGCCUCCAUUUCUGUCAGUUGCAAGAGGCAGCGUCAAUUUUUCCAGAGAACUGAAGUUUAUUUGAAAGAGGAAUCGCUUCUUGAGAUGUGUGCACACAUUCCCUCGUCACCUCUAGUAAACGGGUUUUGUAUAAUUUCAAAAGCCAUGUGUAUCAGAGGCUGAAGAAGGAAUAAAGAAAUACAUGUGCCUCUUGAAAACCAGAUUCAACCCUCUGAAAAAAAUAUUUUCUAGCCUCACUGAAGUAGUCAAUCUAUUCCAAGGCCCUUUAAAAAAAAAAAUGGUGGUGGGAAGCUGACGUGAUUUAAAUGCCCCUCCAUGUAGCCAGUGUGGUGUAAUUGGACUAGGAAAAGGGAUCAAAUCUUCACAUAGUUCUGAAACUCAGUUGUGAGGACAUUUUUGCCUCAAGCAUUCAGUCAAACAGGACCUAAAAUGUCUCCUGAAGUGCCUCAGCCCAGACAUAGGUUUACCCCACCUCCAUCCCAGCCUCUGCCUUCAGCUUCAAUAACAAUUUGCUAGAUCAAAAUGUCCUUUUUGACUUCCUCUCCACUGCUGCUUCUCUUUGCUGACAGCCCUGAGCUCAUCUACCGCGUGGCCAAUGCCACGGCCACUGAGGUCCGUGCCAAACACAACUACUUCAUCUCCGUUGGUAACUAUGACGACCACACUGGCCUGAGCUGCUUCAGCCCCAUGUUAAACAUUAUGAGGCACCCACUGUGGGGCAGAAACCAGGUAUGAGAAUGGUUUAGGAAAUGGGGACUCCACAGGUGGGAGGAUACAGAGGGAUGGGCAGACCUGUUCAUUUCAGUUUCUCAUUUUCUGCUCUUAAGUUCAAUUCUCCACAUUUCCACAUCAGUUUGUGAUUUCCCUUCUAAAAAGUCCUCACGGUAAUUCAUCAACAUUUUAGUGUGGAUUUAUCCUAAUACGAGCAUUUUUGCAAAGCAACUUUCCCCAGUACAAUGCCUUUUUUUGUAUGCUGUUUUCACCAAUACAAGCAUUUCUAUGCACACUUUACACUAGUAUGUGCAUGUUUGAACACAUUUAGCUGGAAAAACUGCACUUCAAAAUUCAGGAAAGAAUGAAUUUCAAAGGAUGGUUGUGUUUCAGUUCUUUUCUUGUUUCAGAAAGUGCAAAUUACCCGUAAGUAGGACUGUCUUUAAAUGAAAACUGAAUCUCAUUUAUUCCCCAUCCAUAGUGGUGCCUAAAGUGGGCAAUAAGAGCCAAAUGCGGAUUAUUGGGGAACACAUGACCUGUUUCUGGUCAAAGGUGUUACUCCUAUUACCAAGCUUGGAGUAUUGGGAUGGCUAUUUUUUCUUAGAUAUUUUCAUAUUCUAUUUAUUAUUUACUUAAUUUUGUAAGAAUAAAAAUGCAGGAAUAUGAAAAAACAUGAGAAAAUAUGAGAAAAAUGCUGCUUGUUUUAAAAUAUUUUACCAAAAUAUUCCAAUACCAUCAGGUACAGUGGUACCUCGGGUUAAGUACUUAAUUCGUUCCGGAGGUCUGUAUUUAACCUGAAACUGUUCUUAACCUGAAGCACCACUUUAGCUAAUGGGGCCUCCCGCUGCCACUGCGCCGCCAGAGCACGAUUUCUGUUCUCAUCCUGAAGCAAAGUUCUUAACCUGAAGCACUAUUUCUGGGUUAGCAGAGUCUGUAACCUGAAGCGUAUGUAACCUGAAGCGUAUGUAACCCGAGGUACCACUGUAUAUGAAAAAUGUAAAUCUGACAAACAAAAGGGUUUUGUAACAGAAAUCUCUCGAUUCGAAUCCGAGAUAGUAAACUCUAAAAGAAAAACCCUCUCCAAAGCAUACUGACUCCUCCUUGACUGGGAAGUCAAGGAGGAGGAGGUCACUGCAGCCAUGGUUAGGUGGUCACAGGACUUUGGGUAUUCAAUAACCAUGCCACAGUGGGGAAAUUUGUGGAAGAAUAAUUGGAAAUUCACAAACUGUUAUACUCUAAAAGAAAACUUCCUAAAAAUGCAACACCGAUGGUAUCUAACACCUUGGGAAUUGUCAAAGAUGUACAAAAAUGUCCCCAGUAAUUGCUGGAAGUGUGGAGAUAAAUCAGGCACUUUCUACCAUAUGUGGUGGCUAUGCAAAAAAAUCCAGGCAUUUUGGAAUGGUAUCCACUUAGAAAUACAAAAAAUAAUAAAGACUUCCUUUAAGAGAAAACCAGAAGCUUACCUCCUGGGGAUCACAGAUUUGGAUACAGUGGUGCCUCGCAAGACGAAAUUAAUUCGUUCUGCGAGUUUUUUCGUCUAGCGAAUUUUUCGUCUUGCGAAGCACAGUGUCGGAAAAGUUUUGGAAAAGCUUCAAAAAUCACCAAAGUCUUCAAAAACCUCAAAAAAGGCUACCACACCGCGUGCUAUGAGUUGCUCCUCGAAGUCAAGUCGCAACUGUAUUAACGGUGUUAAGACAAAGGAAACAAACUUGCAAGACAUUUUCGUCUCGCGAAGCAAGCCCAUAGGGAAAUUCGUCUUGCGAAGCAGCUCAAAAACCGCAAAACCCUUUCGUCUAGCGAGUUUUUCGUCUUGCGAGGCAUUCGUCUUGCGGGGCACCACUGUAUCCCACAAAAAAUGAAGAGUACCGUAUUUUUCGCCCUAUAGGACGCACUUUUUCCCCUCCAAAAAUGAAGGGGAAAUGUGUGUGCGUUCUAAGGGGCGAAUGCAGGCUUUCGCUUCAGAAAGCUCUCCGUAAGCCUUGGGAGCCCACGGGAGUUCCUGUCGGGUUCCCUAGGCUUGCGGAUAGCAGCCUGCAUCUCGAAGCCUUCGGUUCCCCGACCUGGUUUGGAGGCUGGCGGUGGGGAGAAGCGUGCGUCUCCCUGCCGCCAGCCCCACAAGCUCGGGGGACAGCGGGGAGGCGGAACGCCGCCAUCCCGCUGUUCCCCGACCUGGUUUGGGCUUCAGGCAGAUAUCCGCAAGGCGUGGGAGUCCGGCAGGAAGUCGCGCCGGUCUCCCAAGGCUUGCGGAGAGCUGCCUGUUCAGGGGGCUGGGGUCGGGGGAAGCUCGGAAUUCCCCCGCCCCAGCCCCGCGCCUGGGGGGGAAAUAUUUUUUUCUCUCUUUAUUUCCCCCCCCAAAAAAACCUAGGUGCAUCCUAUGGGCCGGUGCGCCCUAUGGGGCGAAAAAUACAGUAUACAGUGGUUCCUCGCAAGACGAAUGCCUCGCAAGACGAAAAACGCGCAAGACGAAAGUUUUCCGUUUUUUGAGUCGUUCCGCAAGACGAAUUUCCCUAUGGGCUUGCUUCUCAAGACGAAACUUCUUGCGAGUUCUUGCGAGUUUGUUUCCUUUUUCUUUAAGCUGCUAAGCUGUUAAUAGCCGCUAAGCCGUUAAUAGCCGCUAAUAGCCGCUAAGCCGCUAAUAGCCAUGCUUCACAAGACGAAAAAACCGCAAGACGAAGAGACUCGCGGAAUGGAUUAAUUUCGUCUUGCGAGGCACCACUGUAUUUUUAUAUGCCACAGUGGCAGCAAGAGUCCUUAUCGCUACAAAGUGGAAGAGUGGUGAAAUCCCUUCUGUUCAUGAAUGGAUCCAAAAGUUAACGGAUUAUGCAGAGUUAGAUAGUUUAUCAGAAAAAAUAAAGAACAAACCAAAACAGGAAUCAUCUCAAAAUGGGAAGUCUUUAAAGUUUAUUUGAAAAACAAUUACAGUAGUUUAAAUUCUGCUGCAGCAUUUGAAUAACUUUAGUAGUAGAUUUAAGAAAGAUCUGAAACCUUAGAUAAAUCAAUAAUUAGUUAAUCAGUUAAUUUAAGACAAAAACGUGUAUGGGCAACAAAUAAUUAAUAAUUGAAAUAAGGAAUGGGCUGGAGGUCGGGUCUAUAGUCCAAGGAACACUUUUUGGUUUAUUGAUUUGUAAUUAAUAUUGUCCUUAUCAUGGUUUGUUUUGAAUUUCUUGUCUUGUUUUUUUUCUUUUUUGGUGUAUCAAUAAAAAAUAUUUUUUAAAAAAACCAAAAUUCGUGUACAGUGGUACCUCGGGUUACAAACACCUCGGGUUACAGACUCCACUAACCCGGAAGUAGUACCUCGAGUUAAGAACUUUACCUCAGGAUGAGAACAGAAAUCGUGCGGCGGCAACGUGGCAGCAGCGGGAGGCCCCGUUAGCUAAAGUGGUACCUCAGGUUAAGAACAGUUGCAGGUUAAGAACGGACCUCCGGAAUGAAUUAUGUUCGUAACCAGAGGUACCAGUGUACUGCUUAAAAUAUAGACACCAAACUAUGUACGGUUCAAAAACAAUAUAGCAAAAAUAAAAUACAAACUAAAUAGAACAUCAUAAAUCAGUAAUACAAUACACUAACUGGGUCACACCGCAGGAGAAACUUGUGUAAGUAAAGAGGUCUAAAUAAGUGGCUAAGAUGUAAUGCUGUUGGCAUUUAAUUUCCAAAGGGAGGGAAUGACUGUGGCUCUCUCACCAGAAGUACCAGACAGCAGGUUCCUUUGUGGUGAUGAAAGGUGUGGACACCAGGAACUGAGAGGAGGGGGAGGAGGAGGGAUGUGUCACAGAGAACGGGCAUGACCCAAGUCUCUGUCUGUCUGUCUAUUCUUCAGGAGACUUACGGAGAGGAUCCAUUCUUGACCAGGGAGCUGGGUGUGGCUUUUGUGACAGGGCUGCAGGGUGACCACCCCCGCUAUAUCAAGGCCAGCGCUGGCUGCAAGCACUUUUCCGUCCAUGGGGGCCCCGAGAACAUCCCUGAGCCCCGUUAUUCCUUCGAUGCCAAGGUCAGUAUGACUGGCAGGUUGGGAGCUGGGAGGUGGCAAGGGCUGAAUGGAGGAGGUUUCCUUGUCCUGUGUGCUGGCUCAUUCCCCCCCUCUCCCUGCUUCCGCCAUCAUCAUUAUCAUUUAUUUGUAUGCCGCCUUUCCAUAGUAAACUAUGCUCAAGGCAGCUCACAACACGAAGAAAGUUACAUACAGUGGGCCUGCCACUGAUGCACAAUUUGUUUUUGCGAUUGUAGCCUUAGGCUCAUGGCUGAAAAAUAAAUAAAUGGAGUGAGGGGAAACCCGCUACAGAGUUUGUAGAGCUCUACGCCUUGUUUUGCAGCCUCUGGGAAGGAUGUGUGAGGCUCCCAGGACCCUCGUACAACCUUCCCAAAGGCCGGUGAGUGAGGCAGAGGGCAAGGCCCACUCUGGAAAGAUAAGGGUUGGUUAAUUUGGUGGUGGUGGGGUUUCUGGGGGGGGGGUUUCCUGCCUUUGCACAUGGACCCCGGAACAGAACCCUCACAUAAGUGGCGGCUCACUCAACUCACUAAGUUACAAGUUAUAACAAAAUUGAGAUAAUCAAUUGAUUAAUGAAAGCAUCUCAUUAAGAAAUAUCCAAUUCAAUUAAGCAACCCCCUUUUAAUUCAUAAUAAGAAUCAUAGAAUUGGAAGGGACCACAAGGGUCAUCUAGUCCAACACCCUGCAAUGCAGAAAUAUUUUGCCCAACGUGGAGCUCAAACCCACGACCCUGAGUUUAAGAGCCUCAUAUACAAAAACUUGAAUCACAAAAGCAGCAAAAAUAAUGCACCACUGAAAUUAAAUAUUGGCUCCAAAAUCUUGAAUCCCCUAAACCUCCCUUCCAAACUAUUGCUGCUUUGUGAAUGGGAUUCAAUCACAUACCACAUACACUGGGAGAGCCAGUGUGGUGUAGUGGUAAAGAGCGGUAGACUCGUAAUCUGGUGAACCAGGUUCACGUCCCCCCUCUCCACAUGCAGCUGCUGGGUGAACUUGGGCUAGUCACACUUCUCUGAAGUCUCUCAGCCUCACUCACCUCACAGAGUGUUUGUUGUGGGAGAGGAAGGGAAAGGAGAUUGUUAGCCGCUUUGAGAUUAAUUAGGGUAGUGAUAAAGCGGGAUAUCAAAUCCAAACUCUUCUUCUUCUACCAGCAAAUUUGGGUUGUGCAAUAGAAGUUGAUUUGGUCUCUUGCACAACAAACAGCAGUGGGGUCUGUUCCCCCACUGUUGCUCCUGAGCCCCAUAGAAUCAUAGAGUUGGAAGAGACCACAAGGGCCAUCGAGUUCAACCCCCUGCCAAGCAGGAAACACCAUCAGAGCACUCCUGACAUAUGGUUGUCAAGCCUCUGCUUAAAGACCUCCAAAGAAGGAGACUCCACCACACUCCUUGGCAGCAAAUUCCACUGUCGAACAGCUCUUACUAUCCCCCUCUGCUGGCGGGCAAGGCUAUGUGUUACAUGCAGAUUGCUCUGCACUCCCUAAAUUAUCCUGCUGCCUUCUGAUACAGUAAAGGGUGUUGUUGUGUUGCCAGUGUUCAACUAAGAUUCAGCAGCCAGUCUUGUUGACUUCUCUACACAGAAUGGGGAGAAAGACGCCAUCUUGUUCUUUGCUUCAGGCGGCAAAAUGUCUCAGGCUAACCCUAUUUCUAGGUGUCCUGGAAUUUUGUCAACAAUGCUUAGGGUGGUGGUAGUGGUAUGCCAGGAGGGAAUGAUAUCUGUGCUCUGUACCAGGUGGAGGAGCGUGACUGGCGCAUGACCUUCCUGCCUCAGUUUGAGGCCUGCGUACGGGCUGGAACCUUCAGCUUCAUGUGCAGCUAUAACAGGUAUGUCUGGGUUCUCUCUCUAACUUUCGGAUGGCAAUGGGACAUUAGGCUUCAAUCCUGAUCCCAGUUAACCUGAGAGUGAGCCCCAUUGAAUUCAGUAGGAUGUUCUUCUGAGUAGACAUUGUUAGGCUUGUGGCCCCCAAGGUUUCUCCCAACUGAAUGUGGCUGAAAAAGUUUCCCACCCCUGUGCUAAAAUUAUGUGGUUCGACAUUAGAGCAGGGGGCAUACCAACAAUGUUUGCAACGCUUUUGAGCCUGAUAGCUUUCUUUCUCGCCUGUGCCAGGAUUAAUGGAAUCCCCGCCUGCGCUAACAAGAACCUGCUAACAGACAUCCUGCGUGGAGAAUGGGGCUUCCAGGGCUAUGUGGUGAGCGAUGAGGGAGCUGUGGAACUGUUAUGGCUUGGUCACAACUAUACCCACAGCUUACUGGAGUCUGCCAUAGGUGAGCACUACCCAGCAUUGACGUCCGGCUCUCAGCCCAGAGUGGGCAGCUCCCCAUAAUGAGGACGGGGUGAGAAAUUAGAUCCAGUUUGCACUUUAAUGAGAACAUAACCCAUUUUGUAGGUCUUGGACCAAUAACAUGAAUCAAAACACAAUUAUCUUUCAGAACCCACAGUUGUCUUAAUUUUGCAACGCAGUUCUCCAAUCAAACAGUUGGCAUCAUUGGGAGCCAAUGAAGAAGUAUUGUGUACAAAAAGGAUUAUAUAUGGGGAAUGUGUGGAUAAAAGUCUAUAUAUUAGUGAAAAUAACAUACACAGAAAUGCAUUAUAUCAGGAUGUGGCUUGCAAAAUGGUGUAAGCUACUCAAAGCUGCACACCAGAAUGGGUAUAUCUUAUUAGUAAUUAGAAACUUUAGUCUGAAUGUAGAGCACAAAGCAAUCUAUUAUGUAUUACCGUGAUUAAUAUUUUUGUCCCAUUCUUCUGCUUGUAACGCAUCCAGAGGUGCUUAUGUUUAAAAAAGAUACAAUGCAGUUAAGUUCAGCUGAGGAAAAGUUGUGUCUUUGAACUCUUGGACUAUAAUGAUCCCAAUUCUCUACCUCUCCUGCUGCAGCUUCUGUGAAUGCCGGAUGCAACCUGGAAGUUUCAUACGGGAUGGUGAACAAUUCUUUCACAUUUAUAGGCCAGGCUGUUGCCAAAGGCAACAUCUCCUUGGAAGUAAGUGGUUCCACCCAAGGGGAACAAGGAGUGGGAAAAGGUGGGUCAUUGGAUGCAGUUAUUAGUGACCAUCCAAUUGCAGCUCAUGCAUGCCAAAAUGUGAAAUCAUCCUAUUUCCUCAAGAAUAUCCUACAGAUAGACAAUGGCGCCUGAGGAGCAUAUUCCCUGUGUGAACAUUUUAGUUAUUUAGUUAAGAUAUUUAAAUAUUGUGUCUCCAAGUAAUUUCCAUAAAAGUAAUACAAAAUACAAAACAGAUUAAAACAUCGGAAAAUAGAAAAAUUAGAACAGCAUCCAUAGUGCCUCCCCAAAAGACUCUUACCUCUUGCUCCAGAGAGAUCUGGUGCUUGCUGGAUGUUUUAGACUAAGCUCCCAUCAGCCCCAUUCAACCGUCCCUUAUUUGGCGGGAAAGUCCCUUAUCCCAGCACUGUGUCCCGCUGCUGUCCCUUAUUGAUGCUGUCCCUUAAAUUUCCCAGGUUUCAAAGGAAGCAGCUCCUCUCCCUCCCUGCCUGCCGGCCAGGGAGGAGGGAGGCUCCAGCUGUUUUGCUCACCCAAUAAGGAGUCUAAGAACGACUGGUGGGUGGAGCUUGCAUGCCUUGUGCCGAUCAAAUCGGCCGCAUUGCCUGGCGACUCACCUUUGCUCAGCGCUUCCCAGCGGAGAGGUGACGGUGGUUUUCCUUGCUGCAUCCCCUUGCCGGGUUGCUGCGCUGUGGGAACCACCGCUUGAGGCUUUGUUUGGCUGUUGGCUGGGCUUUCUGCCUUUGGCUCGGAGGGGCUCAGAAGUUGAACAUACCUGUGUUUGGAAAAUCCCUUAUUUUGGCUGCUGAUGCCUUAUUUUCGAGGCUGCUGGUCCCUUAUUUUCAAAUCUGUAAGUUGACAGCUAUGGCCCCAGCCAACAUGGCCAAUGGUUAGGGAUGAUGGGAGUUGUAUCCCAAAACACCUGGAGGGCACAAGCUUGGCUGUUCCAGAGAGCAGUAUCGACACCAGCAGGUUCAAAUUUUGAGAAACAGGUUUCCUGACAGUACAAGGUGUUCAAUAGUGGGACAGUGUGUUAGAAGGGAGUGGACUCUCUGUUAUUAAUAGUGUUUUUUUUUAAAGCAGAAGCUGUAUGACUACCUUUUAGGGAUGCUGUUAAAAGGGUGUUGCUAUAGAUGCCCUUUGAGAUCCCUACAACAUUUUUAGCAGUCUGUGGUUUGAGGCUUUUCCUCCCCUUAUACACAUUCUGCUUCUGUUCCGCUCCUAACUCUGAGACCAAUACAUAACAAAGAGGAAAUGAUAGUAAAUAAUAAUGUUAAUACAAUACAUGAUAUAGCUACUAAUAUUUCCUCUGUCCCCGAUCUCAGUAGUAUUUAAAGCAGAGAAUAUAGCCACAUCAAAAAGAGAGCUCUAACAUACUAAUUCACCAAUCAGUUUCUUUAAUUAACUUGUACAAUACAAUCCUAGCAACUGUCUUCGCAGCAGGAUUUAUUUGUGUAUUUUAUUAAUAGCCUCAAUCAAAUGUUCCUUUGCAGUAAUCUGAAAUAAAGCCAUCUGGUCCAUUUACUUACUAUAUUUGAUGUUUUCUAAUGGCUUGAUUUUCCUCAGUAUUUUGCUUCUCUCCAUGUGUAAUUGCAGUAGGCUUUAAACCUUUUGGGAUCUUAAGAGCUGUGUACGUUUCUGUAAUAUUCUACAAGCUCUUCAGUUAUAUAUGACAUUGGGGAAGAGGAGGUGAGCGAGGCUUGGUCGACAUGGUUUCACGGGAUAAGUGGGGAGGUUCCCCACCUUUCCCUAGAAGUCUGUGGGAGUGAAGAUCUUUCACCCAUCUCCAUCCUUCCAUUACAAUGCUGCUUCACUAGCCAGCUCUGUGCCUCCCCUCCCUCCUACUAUCUCCUGCAGACGAUCAGGGCCAGUGUCCGCCCACUUUUCCGCACCCGCUUGCGCCUGGGUGAGUUUGACCCGCCAACCAUGAACCCCUACAAUGCCCUGGGACUGGAGGACGUGCAGACGGAGGCCCACCGCCAGCUGGCUCUUGAAGCUGCCAUUCAGUCCUUUGUCCUGCUAAAAAACCAGCGCGGGAUGCUCCCUCUUAAGGCCCCAGAUGUGUUGAGGAAGAACUUUGCAGUAAGUGUUCACCAUGGAGUGGUGUGAUGGGGAGGGCAUCUCGUCCCUUGCUCAUUCUCCAGAGUUGCAUCACCUCUGGCAACACUGGAACAGGGCAGACUGCAACAGAGAAACUAAAUGCAGAACUCAGUAUUGAAAUAUUAAACGAUUGAUUUACUACAUUCUGUCCUUUGCGUGCAUUAAAGUUUCUGUUUCAAACCCUUCCAUCUCUAGCUGAAGGGUGGAGAGAGACACUUGUCCCAAGUCCUUGAGGAAUUGCUGCCAGUCCUGUGCUCGGUGGACCUGAGUGCAACUGCACUGUCCCCACUUGUGAUUUCCAGCAAUUGGCUGGAAUGGCAGUGACCAUUUUCUGUUUUUCACAUUAGGUCUCAACCGCUACAUGUUGAGACACAACAAGUGCCCACUAUUUGCACAUUCUGUUCCAGCAGACUUUCCCAGCUGGAUAAAGGGGUGUUUUCCAUGAGUGUCUACCUUGUGUGGUUUUAGUUCGGUUUUAAAUCCAUUUGCGCUCUCUCUCUCUCUCUCUCUCUCUCUCUGUGUGUGUGUGUGUUUGUGUGUUUAAUUAUCUUCAAUGUACAUCACCUUGAAACUGUUGCUUGGAAUGUGAUGAAUAACUUAAUAAUGUUGCAUGGCCCCUGGACCUCCCACUCUCUGAAUCAUCUGAAUCCCAUUGUGGCCCCUAAUUUCUUCUUGGCAGGUGGUUGGGCCCUUUGCCGACAACCCUAGGGUUCUCUUUGGGAACUACGCUCCAGUCCCAGAGCCUCAGUACAUCUAUACACCCAGGUAAGUCCUGAAGAAACCUCUCCUCCCUCCUGCUCCAUCCUUGGAAGGCAUUCCUGGUAGGAUGCUGGAGCAGCUGUAUCUUCAUUUAAAUCCAAUCUGCACCCUAGAGUUGGCCUUACUUUUUGCAUGCAGAGUAGGGCCAUCUUUGCCAGACAGAUUCUGCAACAGACAAGAAAUUAUGAUAGUUUUCAAAAGGGACUGAAGUCCUUCAGGCUGAGGACAUGCUGGAUGCCAGACCCAUAACUGCCCUUUAAGUGGGGCUGUCUCAUACACACAUCCUUGUUUGAUGCAGGAUUGGCUCCCUUGGCCAAUAAAGCUAGAUGAGCGCCUCAACCCCAGAGUCGUCCGCAACUGGGCCCAAUGGUCAGGAGUCCCUUUAUCUUUACCAAGGAUAGAGUAGUUGCUGUUCCAGAGCUCAGAAUGGCUCAUUGCAUUUCCCAUCCCAUCCUUGAGGGUCUGACUUGCUUAGUUUUGCCAGUAGAACCACAUCAUGUGCAUUUCAGAGUCAGAACCUCUCUCUGGAAAUGAAGCUUUGAGCAUUCCUACACCCAGCACUCUGCUUUCCCCCUCCCACACCGGGCACUUAUUUUCCAUUUUAAAUCACUUCCCUCUUCUGCCUUUGCUUCAAAACAAAAAAACCCAACCCUUAGUGUCAAGGCCAGCUCUUGGAAGCCAAACACUCUAUUGAAAAGAAGCAAAUACACUCUCAUCAAUGCAGUGAAUUGUAGCCACAGGCUUUGGAUGUGCAUGGUCCAAAAGUCCAAGAAGCCACUGCCAUCCCAGGAUGCCAGACACAGCCCACCACCCUGUAUGGUGCCCUGCUGGGUCUCCAUAACCCAGCUGGCUUCUGUUGCCUACUCAGGGCAGUAAAUACAUGCUGAGGUGUAUGUGUGUGUGUAAGGUUGGAUGGGGCUAAGUUCCAGGCAGAUCCCACUAUGUGGCUGGUUUGGCUUUGCAGUCCAUGGGUUAUGCAGGCCAAAUCCAGAUAUUUUUUGGCAGGGAACAAAUACGUUUCCAGUGUUUGCCCUUAAGAAACUGAGAGCUGUUCUCAUCUCUGCCUGGUGCAGGAGGGGCCUGGCAACAAUUGCGGCGAAUGUCACCUUUGCCGCCGGAUGUACCUUUCCCACGUGCAGCACCUAUAUGCCAGCCCAGGUGAAGGCUGCGGUAGAAGCAGCAGACAUUGUGGUUGUGUGCCUGGGUACAGGUAAGCCCCACAUCUGGUGAAGAAAAAGGGUAAGAACAGCACCAUGCUUUUCCCUACAGUGCAACGUUCACUUCACAUAUUAAGUAGUGAGACCCAGGAGACCAUCUGCUUACUGCAGGCACUGAUUCUUUAAUUUUAAUUCUCUGUAUCACAGGGUGAGAAAUCCAUGUGCAUUUUUAUAUACAUACAAAUGCAUCCAUGUCCACACACCUUGUGGUUAUUUUCCUCUGUGCAGUCAAGUACAUAUAAAGCCCCUUCCAUGCCUUAGUCAGUAAAGAGGCCUCCCCAAAUUCAAGGACUGCAUGGAUCGCCCUGCUCCUGACCUCACAACUUCCUUGGCCCAAUCUCUGUCGGCAUCUGCAAAAGGAAACCUUUUUGCAAUGGACCUAUUUGCAAGAUGACAACCUGUGCAAUUGGAGUUGAAUGGCAGGAAAAGCCGUGUGCAUAGAGGUCUAUGCAUGUGCAGGCUUCCUCAUCUAUGUGUGCACAGUGCACAGACUUGGGUGGGUGGGAUUCUGGGGAACUUUAGCCAGCAGCAGGGCCAGCCUUGUGGGUUCACAAUCAUUGGUUCUCAUGGAGCCCCCUUGAGACAUUAAUCAUGAGAGCAGGGAGCACAGAUGUCAUGGUCAGUGGUGAUAGGAGCUGUGGUCCACCAGCAUGCAGACCUCAAGCCACUCCAUCAGUGGAGCCUGGCUUCUCAGUAAGACUGAUGGACAUCUUCUUUUGCUUUUGGAGAGUGGUACUUUGCCAUUUCUCAAACUUUUGGAAAGGAGAUUUUCAGAGAGGAGCCUCCUUGGUUUGUUUAGGAUGAGGACAAGAGGGAAGGGAGUGGGUGGGCUCUUUUAACAUGCCUUCUAACUCCCUCUGCCCAGGAAUGGAUCUGGAGACAGAAACCAAAGACCGGAAGGACUUAGCCUUGCCUGGCCACCAGCUGGAACUCCUUCAGGAUGCUGUGGCCUGGGGUAAGCUUGAUGUUUUUGCCCCGGGGGACACUACAUGAGGAAGGGGAAUGCCAAAGGCACUUGGUUGCACCAAACACUAUAGAAGGUGGGGCCUGCAGGUAACCCACAGCAAGCAGCCAAUCUAAACUCUUCUGUGGCUCAUGGGCAGUUGUGAAAUUGAGGUGUUUGGUGAUGGUGGUGGGGCUCCCUUGGCAACUGUUUAGAUUUACCCUUAGGAAGCUGCCAAUGUUGAGUCAGGCAUUGGUCCAUCUAGCUCAGGGUUGUCCACAUCAAGGGCUGCAUUCCUUCUGGGAUAAUCAGUUGGGGGCCACAUGCUGGCAGCGGACAGGGUCAAAGGCAUCAGUGGGUGAGGCCCAGAGCCAAAUGAGGACAGGGCAUGCCCCAUUUGCAUCUCUCUACCUGCUGCCUUCUUCUCUCCUUCUUCCUUCCCAACCAGCAGGCUCUGGGGUAGGGAGGAAUUGCUCUCACCAGAGGUCUCAACUGAUAGCUUGCAGAAGUCUUUUGAAAGUAGGCCGUAUGUUCCCCGAGGGCUACUGAUGCUCACUGCUGGCUGCUCCCAGAAAGCUUCCUGGCUGAAUAAGGAUUUGAACCUUGGACUUGAAGUUCCAUGCUCUCCAGAGUGUUGGGUUAUGGCUCAUUAACGAGUGUUUGCAUGCAUGGCAUUGAUUUGGCCUGUUUAUUAAUUGCUUAGGGCUUUGAUUUCAGCUGCUGGACGUCCAGUGAUUCUGCUGCUGUUCAACGCAGGCCCGCUUGACGUGAGCUGGGCCAAGGCACAGGACAGUGUGGGAGCGAUCUUAGCCUGUUUCUACCCCGCUCAGGCCACUGGCCUGGCUCUUGCCAAGGUGUUGGUGGGAGCUAAAGGGGCAAAUCCUGCUGGCCGACUCCCUGCUACGUGGCCUGCAGGCAUGCACCAGGUAAGACUAGGAUGCCCAGAAAUUUGUAGGUAAGACAAUCCCUGCCCCCACAGACUUUCAGUUUAACAGACAUGACAUACAAGAAAAAAGGGGUGGGGAGGGAGGAGGAGGAAAGCAAGGUCAGGCACCAGUUCUUAAAGCAGGAAUGGGGGUUUGGCUCCAUGGGCUAGAUCCAUAUCAGUAUUAGCCAUGUAUUAUGACAUCACAUGAUAGACAGGUGGGUUGUCCCACUCACCUGUCAAAAUCCCUUGUGGGGUUCCCACCCUCCCACCAGCCAGCUGGUUUGUGGGUGCUUGGGAACCACAGCACAAGGGGCCUUGCUCAACAUUUUGGAAAGCACAGUGCACUGGGAUGGCAAAGCACUUUUUUGUCCCGUCCUCUGGAGAAAGGAAAGAAGCCUGCAUUUUAUAGGCUUUAUUUGCCAUGCACCUGUUCCCUGAGCAAAAUUUAACCCUCACUUGUCAGCCUACAAGUGGGUUUACAUUCUGCUGCGUUGGCUGCAGGUGUGUAUUCCUUCCUGGCAUCCAAUGAAAUAUGGGCAUGUUUUAAGGGUGUACGUGAACCUGAGCCUUACAAGCAGGAACUGAGCAGGAAAAGCAAAUAGCAUUGUGGAUUUUUGAGGAGAUGUUAGCUAAGACCCUUUACAGGAACCAUGGGAAUUACUGGCAAGCACACUGGUGUCCACAGGUGCCACACUGGCGACCCCUGAGCUAAGAUAUACUCCUUGCUAUUGGUUGUACCUUGUGCAUUUCCCACCAUGUGCCUCCUCAUUCAGACUGGCUUGGCCCAUGGGCUUCUUCCCAUCCCGUUCACUCAUUUGUGGCCGUUACCACAGGUUCCACCAAUGGAGAAUUACACGAUGGUUGGACGGACAUAUCGCUACUAUGGGGACGAGGCUCCGCUGUACCCCUUUGGCUAUGGGCUCUCGUUUACCACCUUCCAAUACAGCGACCUGGUGCUAGGUGCCAAUGUCGUGCCCAUAUGUGGUAACCUCAGCAUCUCUGCAGUAGUGAAGAAUGUGGGCUCCAGGGAUGGCGAAGAGGUGAGGCAGUAUGUGUGUAUUUCCCCACAAACUGGGAUAGCAGGGAGAAGAGGGAGGAAUUCAACCAUUGCCAUAGCGCUAUGGCAAUCAUUCCACCAGUGCAAGCUUUUUCAGAUGGAAAAAUCCCCGCUCCCCUCUGUUUGGAACAAUCCAUCCUCUCCUCCUCCUGCUGUUCUGGGGGUUCUCCUGGCAAUUUUCGGGUGGGGGAGGAAAGCCAUACCAUGCUAAUGUAAGUAUUUCUGAUUAAUGGGACUAGGUAGUUGAAUCCCUCCCAAUUUUAAAUAUAUAUAUAUUAUUGAUUUUCAUGAGAAAACAAUACAACAACAAUAUAAAAGUUGACAGAAGAGCAAGCAGUUGAAAAGCUUUUGAGGAUACCUAAAGCAGAAGACUUUCGAGUCCAAAUGACAGAGGAUAGAGGCCACUUCAGCCAGUGUUCCACCGUCUCAGGAAGGCAGACAAAUGAUGGAGACCUUGUAUAUGCCCUUUAACGUAUUCCAGAAGUGAGCUCCAAGUAGCAGAAAAGUCAAAUGGUUUUGCCUUUGGGCAGUUUUAUGCUGAAAGUCAAUUUUUCUGCAAGUGGAAUAUGCAAAAGUCUCUGAAGCCAUUGCUCAAACGUUUAGCUGACUGCCAGCUUCCAGGUUUUUGCAAUUUCUCGGUGAGCAGACAGUAACAGGAAAUAUAUUAAUGCGGUAUGCCCCCAUGCAUCAUUGCCAUCUAUCCUGCCCAAUAUUUUAAUGGGGAGCUUGAACCAAUGAUAUCUAGGGCUAAGCAUAGAAAAUGGAAUCUACAUCCAUUUAAAAAAGCAAGUUUGUAGCCCUUACGGCUGUGAAGAUAUGCUUGAAGUGUGUGAAAUUCCUGCUGUGAUCUUGGAAGCCAGGGAGAUAUCUGAGCAUGAGCCUGAAAUUGGUUCCCGUUCCCUGCCCCAAGUGCACUUGCAGCUUACUGAAUAGCAGGAGCCAGGAAGCACCUUCAGCCACUUUGGUUUGAUGAGAUUGGGAUGGAUCUUCUGAGCUCAGUGUUGCUCUUCCUUAGAAUAAGCAGAAGUAGAAUAAACCAUGCAAGAGAAUCUAUGUCAAAAUGCAUCAUUUUAUAUAGGCUCUGUAUUUCAGAUCUGGAACUAGUGGGUGAGGUUUUGGGAAAAGGUGUUUUGGUGUCAUUGUCUCCGGGUAGAUGGGACAUUAUCCCCAUGCACCUGCCUUUUGUAGUUUGCAGUUCAAGCUACUUCCAAACAAUGCUGCUGCCUCCACCACCAACACAUGCAGGGGUGAAAACUCUUAGAAGAGCGAGCCUUGGGGUUUUCUCCUCCUAACAGUUCCUUCCUUCUGCAGGUGGUGCAGCUCUGCCUCCGCUGGGGAGGGGCAUCCGUGCCAGUGCCUCGCUGGCAGCUGGUUGGCUUCCACCGUGUUCCAGUGCCUGUGGGACGUGCCGUGAAAGUACCCUUCCAGUUAGACUUCAGCCAGAGAGCCAUCUGGGCUGGGGAGUGGCGCCUGGAGCCUGGCACUUUCACCCUUUUUGUUGGGGGGCAGCAGCCCUUCCAAGAAACCCGGGCCCCUUCUAACAUCCUGCAAGCUGAUUUUACAGUCUCCGGGAAGGCCUGCCGCACCGUCCAAUGCUAGUCAUCGGAACUGAUGAGGGAGGAGGCCCCUGAAAGGCAAAAGGGCAUCUUACUCGGUCAGGCCAUGUAUAUAUGAGAUGAGUUUCUAAGAAAAAUGUGCAGGAGGAGGGAGAGACUGUGAGGCCCUAUGAACUGUGGGAGAGGGUAAUAUCCCUCUGGAUAUACGCCAGCCUUGUUUUUGUGGCCUGGCGACAAGAGCUGUUUUCAGUGGAGCACUGGUGAGGCUGGGGCUGAUCUGGAGAAGGUGGUUCUGGGAUAACAGAAGGUUCUCUGAAAGGAUGAUUACAGUUUGCUUUUUAAAGUCAUUGAUCAUGUCUUCAGCUAGCUUUGCUAAAACUGAAUAGGCAAUAAAGGGCUCAAAUAGCAGGAAGUGGAAG